AUGUCUAUGUGGAGGGCAACGAUAGGAGCAAAGCCUCCAAUAGCUCCGAAGCCAACCGAAGAUGAUGAAUGGGAGACCGAUCCUGACUUUGUUAAUGACAUCAGUGAGAAAGCCAGCCGUUGGGGAGCCAAGACAGUGGAGGGUUCCGGCCAUCAAGAACAUUUUAGUGUCGAAAAACUGAGACAAGAAGCACUUGCCGCUGACAAAAUCCAACAGGAGAAAAAGUUGGAACAAAUGCCGAAAGCUAGCGAGGGAUAUGGAGGAAAGUUUGGAGUAAUGACCGAUAGGAUGGAUAAAGCUGCUGUAUCUUUCGACUACAAAGGUAAAGUGGAAGCCCAUGCUUCUCAGAAGGACUACGCUGUCGGAUUUGGUGGCAAGUACGGGGUUCAGACAGAUAGGAAGGAUAAAUCUGCUGCCGGGUGGGAUGAGAGGGUUGAACUUUCCAAGCACGAAAGCCAGAAAGAUGCUUCCUCUGGAUAUGGUGGUCGUUUUGGUGUCCAGAAAGAUAGAAAGGACAAAUCAGCUGCCGGAUGGGAUGAAAAGGUUGAGUUAUCGAAGCACGAAAGCCAGAAAGAUGCUGCUACUGGAUACGGUGGUCGUUUUGGUGUACAAACAGAUCGUAAAGAUAAAUCAGCUGUAGGUUGGGAUGAUCACAGUGAUCUAACGAAGCAUGAAAGUCAAACUGACUACAAAAAAGGAUUUGGAGGCAAAUUCGGAAUACAAACCGACCGACAAGAUGCCUCAGCUGUUGGUUGGGACACGUUAGAAAAAGUUCCUCCGCAUGCCAGUCAGAAAGAUUACAAGCAAGGUUUCGGUGGAAAGUUUGGUGUUCAAAAAGACAGGCAAGAUAAAUCCGCUGUCGGCUACGAUUCGCAUAAUGAAUUACAGAAACAUGAGAGCCAAAUGGACUACAAAAAAGGAUUUGGUGGUCGCUUUGGCGUGCAGAACGAUAGGCAAGAUCGCAGUGCUGUAGGAUUUGAAUAUCAUGAGCACUUGUCUAAACACGAAAGUCAGAUAAGCAAUAAAGCUAUCGACAAAAGCAACGACCAAAGUCGUGGUGACUCUGCACCUCAGAAAAAGUCACCUCAACGUGAAAAUGUGCCAACUCCAGAAAAAGGAAGAGCUUCUGAUCUACGUGCUCGAUUUGAGAAGUUGGCUGCUGGCGAUACUGAAGAUCGUGUUGCUGCUGAACGUGAGAAAAGAAAACGCGAAGAUGAGGCACUGCGAGAACAGCAGAGACGUGAAGAGGAGGAACGAAUGCGCCGCAUUGAAGAGCAGUGGAAGAAACAGGAUGCGGAGAACCCGUUAGAUGAAGAACAGCGACGAGAGGCAGAAGUAGCCAACGAAUUGUCUUACCAACAGAAAACUAAACGACGAAGUGCGGGACCAGCUCCGGGUGCAGUGCCUAUAAUGCCAGGUAUUUCUAAGCAGCCGCUAUCACCUGAGCCAGAACAAUCAAAAGAGGAGCCACCUAUGUCUCCUCCACCAGCUCCUAUACAAGUGUUGCCAUCGGUAGCAAAGCAUCCACCUCAGCCAGCUGUGGCUAUGCCUUCAGCUCCUGUUCUUGCUUGCGAACUUCGUCGCCCACCAUCAAGUGACGAUGAAGUUGACAAUGAAGCAGAAUGGGAGGAGGAGGAGAAGAACUUUAAGAAACAACCUCAAACCGCUCCUGUACCCACGAAUCCUGUUCCGCUACCUACUUUUUCUGAGGAGCCAAAAUCGUAUGCACCACCAAUGACUGCCAUUCCACGGUACGACGUGGUUCCUGGCGAUGACGACGUCGCCGCUGUCCCCGCAGCACCCGCUGCUAUCUCAGCUCAGUACGAAUUGCCGCCGUGUGACGAACCUGCAGCUGUCGUUACGCAGUCGCAUGCAAAUCCACAGAAAGGAAAAACCCAUCCACUAGACUCCUCUCAAGGUCUGACGGCAGUGGCUAUAUAUGAUUACCAGAAGAACGAUGAUGACGAAAUCAGCUUCGAACCGGACGACAUUAUAACAAAUAUUGAGCAGAUCGAUGCUGGUUGGUGGAGAGGAGUUUGUAAUGGACAAUAUGGCCUAUUUCCGGCAAAUUAUGUGGAAUUGAGGUGA